AUGGCCACCUCUGUCGGUUGGCAAACAUCAGCGUCUGCAAUUGAAAUUGCAAUGGAUCGGAUAAAAUCAGAACACUUGAUUGAUAACAUUGAUAUCAAUUUCAUUUAUGUAUUUGAUGACUGUAGUGAAUCAAAGGCAGCUGGAUUGUCCUCAAAGUUGAUGAUGGAUGCCAAUGUGAGUGCGAUCAUUGGACCAACAUGUAAUGCAGCUGGACUAGCGGUUGUGAACCUUGCUGGAUACUAUAAUACACCUGUUCUCACUUGGGGACUAACGAUUUCAUCAAACUUCAUUGACACUUCUAGAUAUCCGACUACGGUUACAAUUGUUCCUGUAGCUAAAUCAAUUGCUGCUGCUAUUCAUGAAGUGAUGGCUCAGUUCGAAUGGACCGAGUUCGUCUAUGUUUUUGUUGAGGAUGAGAAAUGUGGAUAUUUCCGGGAUGACCUGGAACAGAUCACUGCAGAUUCUAACCAUACAUCUCUCAGCAGAACAAUUCAGAUCUAUGACCAAUCCUACACAAAUUUGGUUAGACAAUUGGAAAAGUUGAAAACAGUAUCAAGAAUAUUCACGGUCUGUCUUCCGGAAGCAGGAGAUAUCAAAAGACGAUUUAUGCUAGCUGCAUACGAUCUUGGGAUGACUACGGAAGAAUACGUGUACUUGUUCGCUGGACCGAAGUCUACAGCUUAUCGUAAGAUUUGGUUUUUUGUAUUGCGAAAUUCUUCUAAACUUUCAGAACAAACCUCUUCUACUGGAGAAGUUGUUGGUAUUUGGAAAGACUGGAGUGAUGAACCCGACGGCCGUGACGAAGAAGCAAAACUUGCAUUCAUGAGAACUAUGGUGAUAGUAGCCACUCCUGUGCAAGGAGACAAAUUUGCGUCAUUCAAGAAAGAUGUGAUUGAAAGAAUGAAAUUACCCCCGUACAAUUGUAUUGAAGAAUGCAAGGAUAAAAAGUAUCAGGAGGCAGCAGAAUAUGCUGACCAACUUCAUGACACCGUCUAUCUUUACGCCCUCAUUUUGAACAAAACAAUAGAGGAACAAGGAAUUGAGCAAAUCGCCAAUGGAAGCAACAUUGUGACUCGAGGCGCUGGAAUCGAGUUUGAAGGAAUGUCUGGUUUGGUGAGAAUGAAUGGAAUUGGAUACAGACUACCCAACAUGAACCUGGCAAAUUUGGAUUCAAAUGCUACUCAAAGAACAAUUGCGUUUAUGGAUAUUGAUGCGUCUAGUGUGAACUGGACUUGGGCGAUUCUCGACGAACGUAUGGUUUGGGAUGCCUACAACGGCCAUGUACCACAAACUCGCCCGGAAUGUGGAUACACUGGAAAGAGUUGUCCUGUGAACUUUUUUGUGGAUUAUCUGUACAUCGUUAUAAUAGUGGCAAUUAUUAUUGUUCUCUGUACUGCCGCCGCUUUAAUUGCUGCCUACUUGGUGGUUAAAGCAAGAAGAGAUGAAGAACUGAGACUUGAUGAUCAGUGGAUUGUACCACAUGGAAUGCUUCAGUCAAUUAUGAAAGGCAGAAAAGAGAGUCACCACUCUUCCAGAUCUCUUCAAAGCAACUCUACAACUACAACUGGAACCACUGGGAUCUCCUCAAGAUCUGUGUUUUUCCCAGAAACCGAAUCUCAGGGUUUCUUCAUUUACAUGAAUGAACCCGUGCUGGCAAGAAAAUAUCAACUACGAGUUCCGAUUCUCAAGGCAGAUCGAGCUGAACUCAGAAUGCUGAGAAGCAUUGAGCACGACAAUGUGAAUCGUUUCAUUGGAUUAUCCAUCGACGGUCCAGUUUACAUGUCAUUUUGGAGGUAUUGUAGCCGUGGAAGCAUCAAAGACGUCAUUGCGAAAAGCUCAAUCAACAUGGAUGGUUUCUUCAUUUAUUGUCUAAUGAAAGACAUUGCCGCUGUGAGUGGGCUUCAAUACAUCCAUCACUCUCCCAUUAGACAACACGGAAGUCUAACUUCUGAAUGCUGUUAUAUUAAUGAUAGAUGGCAGGUUAAAAUAGGAGCUUAUGGGUUAUCAUUCAUGCAUGGCGUCGAAAAAAGAUCGGAAGAUUCCAUGCUUCAUACGGCUCCGGAAGUUCUGAGAGAAGGGUUGGCAUCUGGAAGUCAGUUAGGGGAUAUUUAUAGUUUCGCAAUAGUAUGUUCUGAGUUGGUUGGUCAUUGUUCAGCAUGGAACUUGGAGAACAGAAAAGAAGAAGCCGAUGAAAUCAUUUUCAUGGUGAAACGUGGAGGUCGUAUCCCGUUCAGACCGAGUUUAGACGAAGCCGAUGAAGAUAUCAAUCCAGCGAUGCUUCACCUGAUCCGAGAUUGUUGGGAUGAAGACCCAAAGCAGCGUCCGAACAUUGACAUGGUCAACAAGCUGAUGAAGAAUAUGAAUUCUGGCAGGUCCGGAAGUGCAAACCUGAUGGAUCAUGUGUUUUCGGUAUUGGAGAAACACGCAUCUAGUCUGGAAGACGAAGUUCAGGAGAGAAUGAAAGAAUUGGUUGAAGAGAAGAAAAAGAGCGAUAUUUUGUUGUAUAGAAUGUUGCCACAACAAGUAGCGGAAAGAUUAAAAUUAGGUCAAUCCGUGGAGCCAGAAGCUUUUGAAAGUGUUACGAUCUUCUUCUCAGAUGUUGUUGGAUUCACUGUUUUGGCAAACAAAAGUACACCGUUACAGGUGAUUCAAACGAACUCUAUUUGUGUGCAUUUUUGUAACUGUUUGUUCUUUCAGGUUGUCAACUUGCUCAAUGAUCUUUACACUACGUUUGACGCCAUUAUAGAAAGGAAUGACUCCUACAAAGUGGAAACGAUUGGUGAUGCUUAUCUCGUGGUAUCUGGAUUACCUCGAAGGAAUGGUACGGAACAUGUGAACAACAUUGCUAAUAUGAGUUUAGAACUUAUGGAUAGCCUGCAAUCUUAUAAAAUUCCACAUUUGCCACAAGAGAAAGUUCAAAUUAGAAUCGGCAUGCAUUCUGGAUCAUGUGUUGCUGGUGUCGUCGGAUUAACAAUGCCAAGAUAUUGUCUUUUCGGUGAUACUGUGAACACUGCCAGUCGGAUGGAAAGUAAUGGAAAACCUGGUUUCAUUCAUUUGUCAUCCGAUGCUCAUGAAUUAUUGACCUCGUUAUAUAAAGAAUAUAAUACUGAAAAUCGAGGGGAAGUCAUUAUAAAAGUAAUAAUGUUCCAGGGAAAAGGUGUUAUGCAAACCUUCUGGCUUCUGGGGAGGAAAGAAGAAUGA